AUGCCUGGGGGGUGCUUCCGGGGCCCCGCCGCCGGGGACGGGCGGCUGCGGCUGGCAAGGCUGACGCUGGUCCUUUUGGGUUGGGUCUCUUCGUCUUCUCCCACUUCUUCGGCGUCCUCCUCCACCUCCUCGGCGUCGUCUCCGGUCUCUGCCGUAUCCGCCCAGCCCUCGCUCCCGGGCCACUGUCCUCCCCUGUGCGAGUGCUCGGAGGCAGCGCGCACCGUCAAGUGCGUUAACCGCAACCUGACCGAGGUGCCCGCGGACCUGCCCCCCUACGUGCGCAACCUCUUCCUCACUGGCAACCAGCUAGCGGUGCUCCCUGCCGGCGCCUUCGCCCGCCGGCCACCGCUGGCCGAGCUGGCUGCGUUGAACCUCAGUGGUAGUCGCCUGGAGGAGGUGCGUGCCGGCGCCUUCGAACAUCUGCCCAGCCUGCGGCAGCUGGACCUCAGCCACAACCCGCUUGCCAACCUCAGCCGCUUCGCUUUUUCGGGCAGCAACGCCAGCGUCUCAGCCCCCAGUCCUCUGGUAGAGCUGAUCCUGAACCACAUCGUGCCCCCAGGGGACGAGCGGCAGAACCGGAGCUUCGAGGGCAUGGUGGCCGCUGCACUGCGGGCUGGUCACGCCCUGCGUGGGCUCCGCCGCCUAGAGCUGGCCAGCAACCACUUCCUCUACCUGCCCCGGGAUGUGCUGGCACAACUGCCAGCCCUCAGGCACCUGGACCUUCGCAACAACUCGCUGGUGAGCCUGACUUACGUGUCCUUGCGCAACCUGACACACCUAGAAAGCCUCCACCUGGAGGACAACGCCCUCAAGGUCCUUCACAACGGCACCUUGACAGAGUUGCAGGGCCUGCCUCAUGUCAGGGUCUUCCUGGACAACAAUCCCUGGGUCUGCGAUUGCCACAUGACCGACAUGGUGGCCUGGCUCAAGGAUACCGAGGUAGUGCAGGGUAAAGCCAGGCUCACCUGUGCAUUCCCAGAAAAAAUGAGGGAUCGUGUUCUGCUUCAGCUCAACAGCUCCGACUUGGACUGUGACCCAAUUCUCCCCCCAUCCUUGCAGACUUCUUAUGUCUUCCUGGGUAUUGUUUUAGCCCUGAUAGGAGCUAUUUUCCUACUUGUUUUGUAUUUGAACCGCAAGGGAAUCAAAAAGUGGAUGCAUAACAUCAGAGAUGCUUGCAGGGAUCACAUGGAAGGAUAUCAUUACAGAUACGAAAUCAAUGCUGACCCCAGGUUAACAAACCUCAGUUCUAAUUCUGAUGUCUGA